UUAUUUUUAUUUAUUUCGGCUGUGCUGGGUCUUAGUUGCGGCAUGCUGACUUCUUAGUUGCAUCACGUACGUGGGAUCUAGUUCCCCGACCAGGGAUCAAACCCAGGCCCCCUGCAUUGGGAGCGUGGAGUCUUACCCACUCGACCACCAGGGAAGUCCCCGAGGGAGCUCUUUUAUAAACGGGUGGUGUCUCUUUUAUAAGAACACUAAUCCCAUUCAUGAGGGCUCCACCCUCAUGACCUAAGCAGCUCCCAAAGGCCCCACCUCCUGAUACCAUUAGAAUUUCAGAAUUAGAAUUUCAACAUAUAAAUUUGGGGAGGGGGUGGGCACAAACAUUCAAACCACAGCAGUGUUUCCAUCACCUUCCAAAAGGUAGGAUCCAGGAUUUGUGAAAGUUGGAGGGAGUGACUGAAGACCGACCAUGGGGUCGAAUGUAGUUCGUUUUUGCAAAGAAAUGGAUGGAAUCCAUUGAGGUUCCUAAGUUUUCAGAAGUGUAAGAGCCAGGCUGCCAUGUUUGCUUGUGAAUAGGAGCUGGUGAAUAGGAUGGGGCUGUGAGACCCAGAUUUGGAAGGUACCCUAAUCCUGUUUGCAAAUGUCAUAUUUAGACACUUAGCAAAAUGUCAUAUUAGGAAAAAUAUUUAGCAAAUGCCAUAUAUAGACACUUAGCACAUAUGGUUAGCAAGUAACCAGGUUACUCAACAGAGGCCUCAGUUUCCCCAUCUGUAAAAUGGAGAUAAUACGACCCACUGCCCCAGACUGUGGAAAGGAUUAAUUGAGAUAUGGAUGUAAAGUUCCUGGCAUUUAGCAGGUACUUAGUAAAUAGCAGCUAUUAUUAUUAACAUUUUUAUUGUGUGUAGACCCAUAUUGAGUUUGUUCAGACAAUUGAACAUAUAAUUUAUAAUAACUAACAAAUGUUAUGCUCCUCAUAUGCAGGUCUGUGGAACCAGAAUAGCAUCUGUAGCAGCUGAAGUCAUCCUAGGCUUUUGGCCCUGUGUCCUGGCAGCAAUUUGAUAUGAAGAUGGCAGCCAGGGUGCUGUGGGGCAGCCUCAGCCUGCUCCGCCUGGUGUGGUGUCUCCUUCCGCAAACAGGCUACGUGCACCCAGAUGAGUUCUUCCAGUCUCCUGAGGUCAUGGCAGAGGAUGUCCUGGGAAUAAAGGCCGUGCGGCCCUGGGAGUUUCACCCCAGCAGCCCCUGCCGUACAGUGGUCUUCCCACUGCUGACCUCUGGCUCUGCCUUCUGGAUGCUCAGGCUCUGGGAAGAGUGGGGGCCGUGGCCUGGCCCGGUGAGUGGCUAUGUGCUGCUGGUCGGGCCCCGCCUCCUCCUCGCUUCCCUCUCCUUUGCCCUGGACUUGGCCGUGUACCACCUAGCCCCACGCUGGGGCGCGGAGCGCUGGAACGCCCUGGUCUUGCUGUCUGGUUCCUACGUCACCUUGGUCUUCUACACAAGGACCUUCUCCAAUGCCAUUGAGGGGCUGCUCUUUGCGUGGCUGCUGGUACUGGUAUCCCCCCGUGUAGCUGGGAGCUGCGCUGCCAAGAAGCCUGCUCCAGGCCUGUCGUGGCACGGUUGGCUUCUUGGGGGUGUCACGGCCGCUGGCUUCUUCAACCGGCCCACCUUUCUGGCCUUUGCUCUGGUCCCCCUCUUCCUCUGGUGUACUUACGGAGCCACAAACCCCAGCUUCAAGUCGCUGACCAAGGAAGCCCUGGUGCUGCUCCCAGGGGCAACCCUCACAGCAGUGGGGUUUGUGGCUGUGGACAGCUGCUAUUUCUCCAGUCCAUCUAGACCCAGUACCCUUGUCCUUACACCUGCCAACUUCCUGUACUACAACCUGGAUCCCGUAAACCUGGCGAGGCAUGGCACACACAUGCGGCUCACUCACCUGGCAGUCAAUGGCUUCCUGCUCUUUGGGGUGCUGCAUGCCCACGCCCUGCAGGCUGCGUGGCAACAGCUGCGAGCCUGCCUCCAGGCCUUCACACAGAUGGGCUUCCCAAGGGCACUGGCUGCCCGGAGCCUGCAGUCCAGCCCCAGGUCUCACCUCCUGCUCCUCUACUUCAUGCCCCUGGCCCUGCUGUCUGCCUUUAGCCACCAGGAGGCUCGGUUCCUAAUCCCCCUCCUGGUCCCCCUCGUCCUGCUUUGUAGUCUACAGACCCAACUGGCACCCCGCAAGGGCACCCUGGUCCUUUUCAAUGCCCUGGGUGCCGUCUUCUUCGGCUGCCUGCACCAGGGGGGCCUAGUGCCUGGCCUGGGACACCUGGAGCAGGUGGUUCGUGCUCCUGCGCUCCCGCGUGUACCCACCCACUACACACUCCUCUUCACCCACACCUACAUGCCCCCCCGGCACCUCCUGCACCUCCCGGGCCUGGGCUCACCCGUGGAGGUGGUGGACAUGGGCGGGGCUGAGGACCAGCUCCUGUGCCAAGCCCUCAGCAACCUCACCAGACAACCAGCCUGCCACAUGGCUGGGGGGCCGUGGCUCUGCCACCUUUUUGUGGUGACCCCUGGCACCACCAGGUCUGCCAUGAAGAAGUGCAGCUUCCCCCUCAAGAGUGAGACACUCAUCUUUCCCCACUUGACUCUGGAGGACCCACCGGCCCUGUCCUCCCUGCUGAGUGGGGCUUGGAGGUACCAUCUCAGUCUUCACAUCCUGGAGCUGGGGGAGAAGCCUGACAAUAUGACAGAAAAGCCCCUGCCCAAGACUCAGCCAUAGGUGAAGGCGCUGCUCCACCUCCUAGGUAGACAGCUGGGCUGGGACAGAGCCCUGACUGACUCUCUUCCUUCCCUUUCCCUUCCAGAAUCCCCACCUCUACUGUGCACAGCCUUUGACUGCUCCACCUUCUGGGUAAACUGACACCCAUCUUCCCUCAAAAACCAAAGAUCUGACCAGUUGCAGUCCUGACGCCAAGGUCCCCAAAGAACCUGGUGUAAUCAAUGACACAAAAUGCCUGUUCCUGCCCUAUUCCUUCCCGCCACUGUGAUGUUUUAAACAUAUAAAUAGCACCUGAUUGUGAAAGGAGACAACAAUCUCCUAAUGACUUUCCUGAAUGACUCCCCCCAAACCUUCCAGGAUGCCUUACCUCUUGCUGUCAUGACAACCCUUUGGCUUCCUAGAUACCUGGAAGGAGGCAGUGUAGUGAUGUAGAAAGAGCAGGUAGCUCAUAUUCAGAGGAGUUAGUUCUCGUCCCUGGUCCGCUACACACUGGCUACGUAAUCUUAAGAAAGCCCCUUCCCCUCACCCAGCCUGUUUUCCAAUCUGUACGAUGGAUCAGAAGGUCUCUGAGGUGUCUGCCAGCUAACACUGUGUCAUUCCUGGGUCUGCAGCACAUGUUCCCUGGCCAGACAGGCAUGUCUCUCCCAAAGCUCUGUAAGCAUAGAAGUGGGUGUGGCAUAUUUAAUGGCACUUCAGGGCCUACCGUCUCAGUGCUUGGUUAUUACCCAAAAAAGUAGUUCUGGAACUUUUCUCCCCACCCUCUUACUCCUGUCCCUGAGAGAGGUGAUGGAACGUUUCUGCAUCUCACCCUUGAGGGAUCAAGGAGCCCAGAUGUUCUCCCUCCUCAGUUGGCCCCAGUGGGAAUGGAGACAGAAGGCUCAGUCAGUCAGUAUCUGGUGGCACUUGAGCACAAAACCUUAAAUGUGGUCUGGUCAAUCUCCAAGCUCAAAGCUUCUGUCUGAAGCCCCUUCACAGGAUCGAGAGCAGACCCCGGGCCAAACCCACACCUGCUGCCCUGGUGGAAGCCAUCACACCGGGUUGUGUUGCUCCUCACAACACAGGGCACCCCCGCCCAGUCCGCUGGGAACACGAGGAGCUGUGGCACUAAGCUUGUCCUCGUUCUCCCUCCUCACGCCCCUGCCAUCUCAUGAGAACAAGAGGCACCCAGGCCACUGAGAGCAGUGUGCUGGAGGAGCACAGAGUAGGCGGCCAAACCUAUACAACCGACCAAACCUGAGCGCUUUUCUAGUCCCGCCUUCUGCUGGCUAAAGCCUUGGGUCAUCUUAAAGCUCCACCCACCACAGGCCAGCUGCUCUGCGGCUGCUGGCUAGGGUCCUAGUGCCACACUUUCCUCAGGACUCCAGCCCCAACGGAGAGGAAAGUCAGUGCCAUGCUCGUAAAUGUUUAGCAACCCGUUCUCUAAGGGCAAACUAGCCCCCAUUUGUAGUGUUUUCCGAUUUGUGUGGUGUAAAUAUUCUCACCAUGGCUGAUUUCAAACUACUAAAAUGAUGUUACUCGACUUGGGAGGAGAUGCCAAGGACCUCUCUCCUGAGCUGCCUGUAGCACACUCCCGGAUAUUUCCCUCUUUAAAACUCUAUAGGGGCUUCCCUGGUGGCGCAGUGGUUGCGCGUCCGCCUGCCGAUGCAGGGGAACCAGGUUCGCACGCCGGUUUGGGAGGAUCCCACAUGCCGCGGAGCGGCUGGGCCCGUGAGCCAUGGCCGCUGAGCCUGCGCGUCCGGAGCCUGUGCUCCGCAACGGGAGAGGCCACAACAGUGUGAGGCCCGCAUACCACAAAAAAAAAAAAAAAAACUCUA